AUGAGUGGAGAAGUGCCUGCUCAGCAGGCUCAGCAGCCUCAGGCUGCCCAUGGGGCCCAGCAGGGCCAGCCGGCUAUGAGCCCGGAGAUGCAGCAGCAAGUGGACGCGGUCGUGCGGCAAAGGGUGCAGCAAGCUUUUGGCAAUGCUUUUGGGCAGGUUCUCCAGGCGACGGAGAAGAUGGCGAAAGCAGCGGAGAGCCAAGCUUCAAUUGUGAGAAACGACGGGCUCACAAAGAUGAUGAAGAUGGACGUCUGGAGGCCAGCCAACAGAGAGGAGGAGCUUAGAAGCUGGAAAGACUGGCAGUUUCAGCUGGUCACUUGGCUCACAGCACAUGACAGCAAGUAUGCCGGCGACCUGGACGACAUCGAGGAUGACGUGGUCGAGGAUCAUGCUCUGAUGGCGGCUGACAAGGUGCAGAGAUCUCAGCGCCUCUUCGGCGUGCUGGUGUCGCUCUUGAAAGGGCGGCCUUUGCUGCUUGUGAAGGGCUUCGAGAAGGAACGUGCCGGCUUUGAGGCCAUGCGUGUGCUCAGGCGGGAAAUGGAACCAAAGGAGCGAGCAAGAUCCCUUGCUCUUCUUCGGCAGUUGGCCUCUUGGACCUUCAAGGAGGGCAAUGUGCAUGAGCAGCUUGUGCAGUUUGAAGACGCCGUUGCCAGCUAUGAAAGCUCGAGCGGCAAAAGCUACCCGCCGGACCUCCAGAUUGCCACCGUUGUGGCAAACCUUCGCGAGCCCCUGCGCUCGCAAGUGCAGCUCAGAAUGACAAGCACGACGGAGUACAGCAACCUCCGCGAAUGGAUCCUUCAGUAUGAAAGCGUGAACGCACCGUGGGCAAGCACCUUGCCUAUGAAAGGCGGCAGCCCUGGCUUUGGAGGUGGAGGCGGCGGUCCUCAGCCUAUGGAGGUCGACGUCGUGAAGGGCAAGGACGGCAAAGGCAAGAAGGGAAAAGAUGGCAAAGGUGACAAAGGAAAGAAGGGCCAGCACUGCGGGCAGUAUGGGCACUGGAAGUGGGAAUGUCCCACAAAGGGAAAGGGCAAAGUGAACCAAGUUGAUGCUGCUGCCACGGCUGUGCCUAGCUCUUCCCAGUCGACGGCAAGUGGUGCAACGCAGCCCUCUACGGCAACCGCGCUUCAGAGGGCUAUGAACUACAACGUGAACCGGAUCGAGGUGAACGAUGCGCCGCCCUUCUUCGAGGAUACGAGCCAGCUCUUUGACAUUAGCGCCAUGGGGGAUACGAUUCCCGACCUCUUCGAGGGUGAUAUGGGUGUUAUGGUGGUUAGGGCUUGCGGUCCUGAGGUUUUCCAGAUGGACGCCACAGACCACGACGGCAACUGGACUUUGGAAACCGAUGAGCCCAAUGCGAACUGCGAUUUGUAUACCCAGGUGCCGGGGAAUGUCUUGGCUGUCCAGGCCCAGCCCGUGCAGGUGGAGGUCGUGGUGGAUUCCGGCGCCGAUGUCCCGGUGGCCCCUCUUAGGUUCCACCGUCUGAGGUCACAAUGCAUGAUGCGCAGGGCCGGCUUAUCCCCGAGAGGCACCAGGCUUCUUGAUGUGAAGGUCGAGGACACCGCCGGCAACAUGGUGACGAUCAGGGAGCGAUUCUCCAUAGCACGCGUAAGCUCUUUGAUCCUCAGCCUUGGUCGGCUUCUUCGUUGGGGCUGGCAGCUGGGCCACGAGAGCGGGAUGCCUGUUAUCUCCAGAGAGGGCACCCGCAUCCCUAUUCGACUGAGGCGGAACACCUUGACUGUGAUGGGGUUUGUCUCCUUGAUUUCUCUGGCUGGCCAAGUGCCUGCCGCCAGUGGCUGUGUGAAUGCCUUGGGUGUUUCCGAUGACAUGGGGCGGCUGCCUGCCGCAGCGGAGGGGCUGGCCCACCAAGCCGGCUGGCACAUUCUUGGGAGUGGGCUUCCUUUUCUGGUGGUCCACAAGGCCAAGCGGGUCGGCCUUGAGGAGAGCCUGUGGAGUACCGGAGACUGGCCCUGGAUGGCUCUCUUUGUGCGACAGGAGGCGGCGGAGCGCCUUCCUAAGGCCGGUGACCUUCGGACCCAGAUGUACGCCAUGGAGACCACUGAUGCCUAUGACUAUGCUAUCCUUCUCCAUGUCGAGCAGCUCCCCACCGACCUCCUGACAAACCCCAGGGACUUCUUCGAGGAGCCACCUAACGAUUAUGGAGGUGGGGUUGUUCUGCCAGCUGAUGAAAGCGGAGGCGGGGUCGGUGAUGAUGGCAUGCAAGGGGGAGUUGGAAUUGGCCGCGACAUGGAAGAGGAAGUUCCAGAUGGAGAGGUUUUGGAAGGAGUGGCGCUCUCGGUGGAGACUCCUCUGAAAGAGCUGAGGGAGUUGUGCAGCCGGCAGGGGCUGCCCACAAGCGGGGGAAAGAACAAAAUCCUCAAGCGCCUCAAGCAGCACCACGAGAUCCUUGAACACAAGCUUGCCAGCGAACUUGCACACAAGCUUUUCCUUGAGGAGGCCAGGCCACCUGAUGUUCCUCGAGCACCCCGGCUUCCAAGUGCACGCCAGCAGGAGCUUCACAAUGUGACCCACCAACCUUUUGCUGCGUGGUGUCCUGCCUGCGUGGCCGGGCGUGCUAAGUCUUCACCACACAAGCCCCGUGAGGAAGCUAAAGACGGCCCCGACCUUGAGAAGGGGGCCAUGCCUGUGAUCCAGAUCGACUACGGCUACACCUUUACCAGGAGGAGGAACCAGGAGACGGAGGAGGACGAAGGCGACCGUGAAGCGGAACCUGGCCCUGAGGAUGUUGACCUCCAGGACCAAUAUGGGCUCACCCUUUUUGGUGUUGAGUCAACUACGGGCUGGCAGCUCGCAAUCCCUGUGCUGCAAAAGGGGGCCGGCGCCCUGCGGCGUGUGACCGAGCAACUUGUGAGAGCAAGCAUGCAGAUCAGCCCGGCCGGCCCGGUGAUGUUCCAAGGCGACCCUGAGGCAAGCAUCAAGCAGAUCAUCAACUCCGUGGUGGCGUGCAGAAGCCGGCUGGGAUUACACACCCAGACCCGGCUCAUUCCAAGAGGGUCCCACGAGAGCAACGGGAUGGUGGAGCGCACCAUCCAAACGGUGCGGGCAAACUCCCGUACUCUGCGGGCACACCUGGAGGAGAGAGCGAAGAUCAAAGUGGAGGGCCACACUCAUGUUUUCCCAUGGCUUAUGAGGCACGCGGCUUUUCUUUUGAAUCGGUUCUCGGUGCCAGUGCGUGGGAACCCGCCCUUUGAGCUCGUCUACGGCAAGUGUUUUCAUGGCAGCCUGAUCCCCUUUGGUGAGCAGUGCCUAUAUCAUGCCCCAACCCGACACCGAGGUGACCUACAGUGGCUUAGGGGAAUCUAUGUCGGCCAGAGCGAAAGGAAUGGGGCAAGCAUCCUUUUGUCGGAGGCCGGAGCGGUGGAGGCUAGAAGCAUCAGACGUCUUCCAGCCGAGGAGCAAUGGGACGGGCCUGCAAUCCUUGCUUGCCGUGGACUUCCAUGGGACUACAUGGGGACAGCCAAGAGGAAGCGGCCCUUGUAUACGUCAGCAGCUCGUCCUGCACUUCUUCCGGACACCGCUUCCUUGGAAGAAUUGGCCAAGGCAGCAGGGCGCGCAGCGGCCGAGGUUAUCGCAGCGGCAACGCCGCGACCUGGCAAUGAUGAAGCUGGGUCAGACUCCCCAGAAAGGCCCUCGAGCAGCAAUUCAAGCAGCAGUCCGGCCAGCUCUAUGCAAGCAGAGCAGCUUCCACAACAAGCUGCUGAAGGAGGACUAGGGGAGGCAGCCGCCGCGAGCGCAGAACCAGCCGCAGAGAUGGAUACAGGAGCAGCCCGAGGAAGCAGUGCACGUGAAGCUGCCCCGAAAGCUGAGCCAGUGCCUAAAAGGCCCCGACUUCUACUUGACCGGCCAGGCGUAACACCUUCACCCUUGGCGGCUUCUCCGGCUGGGUCUCCACAAGGACCUCUUUACCCUCCUUCUUUCGCAGGGGUACGGCAUGUUCAUGGCGACAUCCCCUUGGAGGAGUGGAGCAACCACGAGGAUUGGAUUGAUGAGGUCGGUGAGGCGUUGGAGGCGGAUAUUGGAGAUGAUGUGUGGGAUGUUGACCCACCACCGGAGUGGGACCCUGAGGCCGAGAAGGCCCCUGAGCUCAGCGAGGAGGACCUGGCAAAAGUCGACAGGGCAUCUGACCUUGCAGAGGUGACCCGUUUGCAAAAGAUGGGAGUUCUUCGCGAGCCCAAGCCGGGGGAAAGAAUUGAGAGCUACACCCGGCUAACAACCAAGCUGGUGAGAGACUGGAGGCGCAGGCCGGGGUGGACAAGAAGGAGCCGUUUAGUUGCAAGGGAGUUCCGUGGAAACUCCCCAUAUACUGCCGAACUCUUUGCCCCUGCUUCUACGUUGGGGACCACACACGCCUUCUUGAUCUGGGCUAUCUCCCACAACCUCGAGGUUGUGAGCCUCGAUAUAAAAGAUGCGUAUCUCCAAGUGGACCAGCCGAACCCGGCGGUGAUCAUGGUGGACAGUGGCAUCCUCAACGACGGGCGCGAGGGGUUGAUCCCUUUCGUCCUGGAGAAGUUGCUCCCAGGGCAAAGGAUCGGAGCCUCGGCAUGGUACGAUUUCGCGAAAUCCAUGCUGGAGGAAUGCAACAUGGAAAGCUUCGAUAAAGAACCCACUCUCUUCAGGCACAUCAAUCACGACAACCGCACAGGCCUCAUACUGCACGCCGACGAUGGACUCCUUGCUUCUACGGCAACAGAGCGUGAAAGGAUCCUUGGCAAGGUUGGGUCCCAGGUGACGGUGCAAACAAGUUUGCCAUUGAAGGACCCAGGGAGUGAGCUGGAGUUCCUAAAGAGGCGCUAUGUGAUGACCGAGGAGGGCAUUGUCGUGUACCCGAACGAGAAGUAUGCUGAGGCCCUCUUUGCUGGCAUUGGAAAGAGCGCUAAGUUGAGGGAUGCCCCCUCAGACGCAACGUUCCUGGAACCCGACAGCUCAAAGGACCUCGACGGCAACCAGGCUCGGGAGUACCGCGAGGCAGUCGGAAGGCUCCUCUACUUGAGCCACUCUCGGGCUGACAUCCAGUUCCCGGUCUGCGUGCUGAGCUCCAAGAUGGCGACACCAACGGCCAUGGCCAUGAAGUGGCUCCAGCGGGUCAUCGGCUACCUCAAGAAGUUUCCCACUUUGGGAAUUCUACUUCGGCCCGCUCGAGAUGGAGGCUGCUUUGGCUUCAACGGUCGAGGUGGGCUGCAGUACGGGGAGCUUGUGAUCGAAUCGAUCACAGACGCGGAUUGGGCAGGAUGCAAAAGGACACGCCGCAGCCGCACAUCAAUACAGCUCUUUGUCGGUGGAAGCAUGGUGGCGAGCUACGUCCGGAGCCAAAGGAGCAUUGCACUCUCCAGUGGCGAGAGCGAGUUCAUCGCCAUGGUUGGCGGCUCCGGGGAGGCCUUGUAUGUGGCGGAGUGUGUGAGGUUCCUUGCUGAAGGAGCGAACGUGGAGGUGACCGUGAAGGCAAGGACCGACUCCGCAGCGUGCCGAGGAAUAGCGCAGCGAGUCGGCUGCGGGCGUAUUCGGCACAUCGACACAGGACUCCUAUGGAUUCAGCAAGCUGAAAGCUGGACUGACCAGCUUUCGGCUCUUGAACUGCGGGUUACAGCACUAGAGUUUCGCUUGCAUCCAACGUCCUUGCGCCGUGCCGGCAGCCAGUCCAGUUCCUUCUCCGAUCUGAGCGUGGUUGUGCCCCCAGACUUCGAGUGUCUGUGCCAAGAGUGCAACGUAGUUUUGUGCAUUUGGGCCUUCAUUGGCCCUCCCGAGCGAUCGCAUUGGUUGCAGGCCUCUGAUUUUGUCAACAGGGAAGUUCCAGUGGCCUUGUCGGCCGCAGCCGCCCAGCAUGAGGCUGAGCCAGCCCUGCCCGCCACGGAGGACGCCAAUCUUGAGGAGUUCGGGAAGGAGGACUACGAUCAAGCAUGUGCCAGGCGGGGUUUGGCCACUGCCUUGAAAGCUUACAAGUCGGAGACAGGAGGUGCCAGAGUGAGCAGAGUGAAGAAGGUCAUGCCCCUCUUGAUCUUGAUGUGUCAAGUGAUGGAGGCUGAGGGCUUGAGCUUUGGAGCCCCUCUUUUCGAUGAGGAGCUCUUGGCUAGCAUUCUGGUUGCGCUGGUGGUUGGGCUUCUUAUUUUGGGUGUGCCUUGGGUGCUGGUGACUGGCUUUUUCAGACUUUCUGGAUGGCUAGCAAGCUGGUGCAGGCAAGCCCAUACGGCUACGGACCAGGAGACCCAAGCUAAGGCCACCACGCGAGAGGCCGGAGUGCAAGCCAAUCGGGGCAUGAGUCGCUCUGAGGAAAGGUUUCAAGAAGAAUACGUGCAGCGAGCUACGGAGCUUCGACAAGCUCUUGCUGAGAGGUGCAUGGAAGUUAGAAACUUCCAAGAUGAGAUCAUGAGGCUGCGCGAUGAGCGCAGGUUGCUCGAAAGGGAGCUUGUACAGGCCCGUGGCAGAGCUGUGCCACCUGAAAGGAUAGCUGUUACCACUUCACGUGGCGAGCGCUAUCACCUCCCAACAUGCGGAAACGUUCGGAAUCAUGCUGUUCGAAUUUUCACUCCAUGCCAGACUUGCUUAAGGACGUUGGGAGGGUAG